GCACAUCUACACAAACACAUAUUUAAAAAUGAAUAACAACGCCAAUAACUGGCAGUGGGGCCCGCACACUGGUCCUGCACCAUUUGGUGCCUUCUCUGCUAGUCCAAAUCGUGGUCAGUAUGGUGCUAACCACGACCGGAAUGCUGUAAUCGGACCUUUUCGUUCGUACAACCUCGUCGUUCGGGAUUAUCUCGUUGGCAACCUUUCAACAUCACACUCACCUCCGGUUUACAUGGGAACUCCUUAUGAACAUAGGGCUACCAGUUCCAACCUAAUCGGAGUAGCUUGCGGUCCAAUUGCCUACCUUGCUCGCGAUGCUGUUCCUGCUAUCGCGACUAAUACCAAUGAAGCUGGGCGAGUACCAAGCCGUCUGAAUCUUGAUGCGGCUAAUCGUAGUCAGGGCCCUACUUGGGAAAACAUGCCAAUGGACAUGGUUGCGAUCUAUAUCAAAGGAGAGGACGGUUCAAUUGAUGGCCCUCCUUUUAAUCUCCACAAGUCGUUCUUCACACAUCUUUCCCCCUACUUUGACGCUGUUUUCAACUCUGGUUUUUCUGAAUCCGCAACACAGACUCUUCACUUCGCCGAGUCUAAUCGAGAGAUAUUUGCCAUGCUUAUCGACUGGGUGUACAAGAAGCAGUUAGAUACUCUUGCCGCUUUUGAGCUAGAUGACCGCAAGAACCUUCCCGUUGGUAUCGGCCUGAGCACUCUUCAGGGUAGCGACCUCGACAAAUAUAUCAGCAAGUCUGAAGAAACUGCUUUCGAACACACCACAAAGCUCAUCGAUCUCUGGUUCUUGGCUGACAAAGUCCUGAUGCCGGAGCUACAAAAUGCCGCUAUUCAGGCUAUUGAGCUUCUCCGUUUUUUCACUCCGUUGCAAGGAGUUCCAGCAGAGAUUUCCCGUGCAGUCUACGACAAGACACCAAAGAAUUCUCCACUUCGCAAGUACCUUGCGUAUACUACACUUCGUCGACUACAUCCCCAGUCUGAAGACAAAGGAGAGGACUUCCACCCUGAAAUGCUCGUCGAUAUCUUUGAUAUCAUCAAAGUAGCUGGAUCUGAUGCAAAGUUACGUCAUUACGGCUUAUCCGAGAAGGCUAUGGAGUCGUUUUUGGUGGAGGUCAAAGGGGGAAGUCACCUAAAGGCUAAUCCUAACGUCGUUGCACCUCUUGCUGAUGACAUCUGGGUUAGUUUAUGGGAGCUUAGAAGAAACGCGUUGAGAUUCUAGACAGAGUUCAGGCAGAAUUGGGCGUUUUUGGGAUGAAUUUUGGCGCA